UUGUUUAAGUUAAACGUUGAUGCUAACCACAAAACAUAACCCCUUUUCACUCGGCACUUCUGAACCUCUUUGAAAAAGUCAAAUCAUUUUUCCAAAAAAUUAUUAUCAUCCUCUUUCAUUUUUCUCCAAACUUGAAUCUCAAAUUAUUUUCAUUCGUUACAAAAACAAAAAUAAAAACCGUUUACUCAAUUUGAUUUGAUUAUUUACAUAAUAAAUAAUCCAUUUUUGUCUAGCUUUUUCUUUGAUCCUUCAAUGGAUUCUGAGUUCUGGACCUCUCGUCUUGCUGCCGCUAAACGCCACUAUGCGCUUCAACAUAACCACCCAACUUCUCAUUUAGAUCGGUUGGGAAUAGAUGAUUUUGAUGUCGAAGAAGAGGUGAGACCAGAUUUCCCUUGUCCAUAUUGUUAUGAAGAGUUUGACAUAGGAUCUUUGUGUUCUCAUCUUGAAGAUGAACAUUCAUGUGAAUCAAGAGUCACGAUUUGUCCUGUAUGCUCAGUUAAAGUUGCACGCGACAUGUUGAGCCACAUAACGCUGCAACACGGACACCUGUUUAAGAUACAGAGAAGGCGCAGGUUAAGAAGAGUUGCUAUUCCGAACAGUCAGACGUUGUCUCUUUUAGGUCGAGAUCUCCGUGAAGCUCAUUUACAGGUGCUUCUUAAUGGUGGUGGUGGAUACCGGUCGCACAGUAACACAGUAACCAAUGCGUCUGCUGAUCCAUUCCUAUCCUCUUUUAUUUUGAAUUACCCUGCAUGCGAAGCAGAAGAAAUCUCUAAAUCUGUGGUAACAAGUGCUGAAGAUUCUUCUACAAAGAAUACAACAACACCUGUACAGCAUAUUUGGAAAUCAAGUUUUGAUCCGUCGUUGAGUAUUGAAGAGCGGGAGAAAAGAAUGAGACAAGCUGCUGGGAGGUCUAGUUUUGUGCAGGAUUUGUUUCUCUCAACCUUGUUAGGCGACUAAUAACGGAAGUUGUAAGUUGUUUAGUAAGAAUAAUCAAACAUGAGAUCCAACCUUUAAGGAUCUUGAUGAAGGAUGUCUUUGGUGGGAUAAGUGGUAAUUUGGCAAUUGAUGUUAGCCUAAUUGUGGCAGCCAGCACUUUCAACAUAUAUAUAGUGCUGAAUCUCAUGAUAGUUAAACAUCUAUCCCACACAUGCAAGCAUCUUUGCUAGAUAUGUAUUUUACUUUCUUUAUAAAAAUAUUGUUAUGGAAACGUUUUUCUUGUUAUAUUGACAUGAGAACACAGACCCUUGUACUUUUUUUUUAUCA